AUGGCGGCCGUGCUGCUCGUGGCCUCGGCGACGGCGCUCCUGGCGCUGGCGGCGGCGUGGCUGUGGGACUACGCCGUGGUGCGCCUCCUGUGGCGGCCCCGCGCCGUGGCCGGCAUGUUCAGGGCGCAGGGGGUCCGCGGGCCGCCCUACAGCUUCCUCAGGGGCAACAACCACGACAUCAGGAGGAUGAGGGCGGAGGCCGACGCGCUUCGGCUGGACGUCCGCGACCACAACUACCUCCCCAGGGUGAUGCCCCACUUCCUCACCUGGAAGCAACAGUACGGAGGGCCAUUCCUGUACUGGUUCGGAGCACAGCCCCGGAUCUGCCUCCUCGAUUACGAGUCGGUAAGGCAGGUUCUUUUCAACAAGUCGGGCCAUUUCUUCAAGACCGAUGCACACCCCACUAUCCUGGCAAUGCUCGGCAAAGGGCUGGUUUUGGUGGAAGGCACGGACUGGGUGCGGCACCGGAGGGUGGUCAACCCAGCUUUCGCUAUGGACAAGCUCAAGAUGAUGACGACGACGAUGGUCAGCUGUGCUGAGCCAUUGAUCAAGGAGUGGGAACGACUCGCAUCCAGGAACGAAAGCAGAGAAGUGGAAGUGGAAUUCAGCAAACAGUUUCAGGACUUGACGGCAGACGUUAUAUCCCAUACUGGUUUUGGAAGCAGUUAUAAGGAGGGCAAAGAGGUUUUCCAUACGCAGAAGCAGCUCCUGGCACUCGCCAUGGCAACUCUCCUCAAUGUGCAACUGCCAGGAUUCAAGUAUCUUCCUACUAAAAACAACAGAUUGAAGUGGAUGCUAGAAAGGAAGAUUAAGACGAUGCUCAUGGCAAUCAUACAGCCCCGGUUGGCAUCCAAUGGAAGUGGAUACGGAGACGAUCUGCUCGGUCUGAUGCUUGAGGCUUGCCUCACAACGGAACAAGGAGAGAAACGAGAUGAGUUGACUCUGAGCAUGGAUGAGAUCAUAGACGAGUGCAAGACAUUCUUCUUUGCCGGCCAUGAGACCACAUCCCAUUUGCUUACCUGGACAAUGUUCUUGCUCAGUGUGUAUCCAGAAUGGCAGGAACGGCUAAGAGAGGAGGCCAUCAGAGAAUGUGGAAAUGCAAAUCCUACUGCAGACACGCUUAACAAACUGAAAGAGAUGACGAUGGUGCUCCUUGAGACACUGAGACUCUAUGGUCCUGUUAUGCUCAUGCUAAGAAAGCCUAUCUCCGACAUAAGAUUGGGAAGCCUCAGCAUACCUAAAGGCAAUGGAAUUGCCAUACCUAUUCCAUUUCUCCACCGAGACAAAGAGGUUUGGGGUGACAAUGCCAAUGAUUUUGAACCAUUAAGAUUUAAGAAUGGGAUCACAAAUGCAGCAAAGACUCCACAAGCUCUUUUGUCAUUCUCAAUAGGACCAAGAUCAUGCAUCGGUCAGAACUUCGCAAUGUUAGAGGCAAAAUCAGUAAUGGCCAUGAUCCUGAAGAGAUUCUCCUUCACACUUUCCUCAAGUUAUGUGCAUGCACCUGCAGAUCAUAUAACGCUUCAGCCUAAGUUCGGUCUUCCCAUAGUUUUGAGGCCACUGGAUGUAUGA